AAUAACAUAAAAGACGAAUAUUUAAAGGGCUUCUUGUGCAAGUGUCAGUGAAUUUUUUUUCUGUUCAUCAAAAUAUGCAAUUUUUUGGCUCUUGAAAAGAAAAAGUAUUUUGCAAUGACUUUCCUGAACUACGUCCUACUGCCGAAGCUCUUCAAGGAGUACAAGUGCAGAACACCAUCACAACAGUAUGAGACUGCUGGACUUGAGAAAUGGGGCGAUCAAAUAAUCACGACGCUCUACAUGAUGUGGAACAUCGGUUACUACACCUCACCCCUAAUUAUCACCUUCCUCUACCGUCGUGGAUACUUUGUUGUUGAGUCAAUCUCAUCUUUGGCAAAAAUAUCCACAGGUUUGGGAAUUUUGGUGGCUGUCUCACUGUGUAUUCGUGGUAUUGGACGCUCUCAGUCACCAUCUUAUGUGAAAUUUGCCAAAAUCCUCAAUAUCGUGAAGAAUAAUACGAAAAAUGAAGCAGCACGCAAGCAAUUGCAAGAGUUUGAUUUUGAUUUUAAAGAAUGGCCCGUAGACUGGUCCGUGGAGGAGUCCGAUGGGACUUCACCAUUCCCCAGAAGUGUCCAGAAGUCUGGGCAUCUCAAGUCGAGCUUCACAAGGCUCCCAUUGGAGGUGAUUGCCUACAUUGCUGUACACACAUUUGGACUUAAAAUGAUCUAUCCAGGAUCCAUAAAGAUUAUGCAGACCUACUUCCAACCGAUGCUUAUUCAAGGACGGACAAAGCUCCACGAAGACGGUGGAGAACGUUUCAAGUUGCUGACCAAGGAUAAAAAUGAAAUUGAUACCUUCUUCGUAGAUAAUCGUGGAAAAUCCGCAACUGGAAAGACCCUCGUUAUUUGCUCAGAGGGCAAUGCGGGAUUCUACGAGAUUGGCAUCAUGUCCACACCGUUGGAAUUGAAAUACUCAACACUAGGAUGGAAUCAUCCGGGCUUUGGAGGAAGCACUGGCCAACCAUACCCGGAUCAAGAUCAAAAUGCCAUAGAUGCUGUGAUGAGAUUCGCUAUACACAAAUUGGGUUUUGCACCUGAGAAUAUUCUCCUUUUUGGAUGGAGUAUUGGUGGUUAUUCCAGUAUUUAUGCCGCCAUUCGUUAUCCAGAUGUCAAAGGAAUUAUCCUUGAUGCAACUUUUGACGAUAUCCUACCUUUGGCAUUGCCAAGAAUGCCCGAAAGUGUUUCGAGUAUUGUUAGAAUGGCCAUACGCAACUACGUCAAUCUACACAAUGCGGAAUUGUUGGAACAGUAUCAAGGUCCAGUUCGUCUUAUUAGAAGGACAGAGGAUGAAGUGAUUGCUGAGGAUUUGAAAUUGGAAACGAACCGUGGAAAUUAUCUUUUGAUUAAAACACUAAAAUUCCGAUUUCCUAACAUUUUCAAGGAACCUCAAGUGGAAUUUGUGCUGAAGAUGCUUUCCCAAACACUGGAUAAAGCGGAUUUGAACACCGACGAUGGUCUCUGUUUGUCCCUCCUGAUGACGUACACAGUGGAAUCGGGACGGCAGUAUCCCCUUGAAAUUGGUGCCAAUUUCACUGAAGAACAGCGAAAUGUGAUGGCGGAGUAUUUGGUGCGGAACCAUAUGGCUGAUUUUAAAUCUAGUCACUGCAUUCCCCUUCCCACUGGAUUCUUCAAGCUACCAUGGGACAUUCCGAAUGAAACUGACUUUGUCUUCACUUAGAAAUUAUGCAGCUUGAUGAAAAGCGCGCCAUGUGUGUGUAGUUUUCUCGUGUACAACUAGGUGUGAUCCAUUUAGACAAAAAAAAAUCAUCUCUAAGAUGUGCUUGAUGGAGCUUUCCUCUUUGAUGGGCAACAGCCACAGCUCUAUCACGGGUAUUCUGUGUGUCUUCGUUUCCUUUAUUUCCAUCUCUUUACUUUCUCAGUCAGCUAACCCAGAGUGACGAUGUUUAUUAGAUUGUAAUAAAAAAAGAAAGAAACUGCUAAUUUAUAUCUUGUAUGCAAUAUAUUUAAAUUCACAGUUCAUGGGAACAGCUUAAUACACUCUCAAAUAUA